AUGUCAACGAUAAGCGUUGACAAUAUUUCAAUUAUAGUUAAUACUGUAAAGCUAUAUUACGAUUCUGAGCAAACUUGUCAAGUUACUACAACUGCUACUACAUUAGGAAUUUUGGCUAAAUGGUUAGAAACAACAAGAAACAUUUCUGUUACCACUGAUAAUCUAUAUAAUAUUCUGCAAGUUCAUUCGGAGGAAUUCAUGUUGGGUAAAGCUGCUGAUAAUGAAACUAUAUCAGUGGCAAAGAUUUAUUUAGAUAAACAUUUGGUUGAUUCUACUUUUGAAUUAGAGAAACAUCUAAAGAAUGUUGGUGUCCUGGAUGCAUCAAGAAAUUUCAAAGAUUUUUUAAACGAACAUGAAGAUACUUUUUCUGUUUACAAACAACGAGGCGUUAACUGUGUUCAGCUCAAAAAUCCCAAAAGAAAUUUCGUCAAUAAUAAAAGUAUUAAGACAAUGAUUGAUGUUAGACAGGAACAAACUGAAAAAUAUAUUAGAGAUUACAUUCAACAAAACGGCACAUCAGAUAAUCACGUCAUGUGCACUGAACUGGUUAUAUACCUUAGGGGCAUCAAAGGAACAAUCACCUACGACUUUAAAGAUUUUCUCAAAAGCUGUCCUGACUCAUUUGAAUAUUAUGAAAGUGACGGCACCUUUUAUAUAAAAAAUAAAUCGAAAGCAUCUUCACAACUAGUCAACCCAAAUGUUUAUCAUAGUCAAUGCAGAUCAAGCAGUCCUUUUGUCUCCAGAUUAAUUCGUGAUUUGAUUGUGAAAGAAUACAUAGUCACCUACACAGAACUCGAAGAAUAUGUAAAGAAGUAUUCGCAGCUACCACAAACAAAUCUAAAAGAAUUAUUAUACUGCAAUGAUAAAGAGUUCAACAUAUCACAAAUUUCUGGUGAGACUUAUAUAACCCUUAAAGCUACUGACAGAAACAUAUUAUUUCAUAUUCGUAGAUUCCUUUUGGAACACGGAAGAGCAAGAUUGUCACUGGUUGAUGACUAUUUGAAACGUAUGGAUCUUUCACCAAAAGUCGAACUAACAGAAUUCAUGCCAAUAUAUUCAGACUUCAAAUUCGAUUAUGAGUCUGAAGUUCCAUUUGUCAAAUCACAAGAAGUUGAAAUCAUUAGAGAAAUUCGUGAGCUGUUUAGUAGUAGUAAAAAUGUUGAUGAUAAAAAAGAGCUUAAACUCACAGUUAUUACAGAUCACCUUCAUAAGAAAAAGAUGUUACCAAACAGUAGACUGUUGAAUCUUUUAGAAACCUAUACAGAAUUUGAUUUCUAUCGAAGUCCAGUUGACAUUGUUGUGAUGCAUAAUCCAAAUAAUUCUAUUCCUGAUCUAAAAUCUUUCAUUAAUAAAAUGAUAACAUUUAAAAAUGGAAAAAUUUCAUUGUCGAAAUUGAAUAGUAUUUUGAAUUGGAAAGGGGAUUAUUCAGAAAAUAGAUUAUCUGACUUUAUUGAUCAAAGUGACGAUUUUGCACAUUCUAGGAUUGGUUUUAUUAGUUCAACUUGUAAAUCACCUCCAGAAAUAAAACCCAAUGAUCAACAAAAUAGGAAUUAUAGUUAUAAUCCAAACACAGAGAAAAUUAAACCUAAAACGGUACAAUCAGCAUCAACAAUACCUACAUUAGAAUUGUCGUUGUCAUCAUCGUUACAAGUAUCAAACUCAGUAACAUCAUCAAAUAUGGCAGAAAACUAUCAAACUAAUUUUUUUAAUCAUAAUAACAAUAAUCUAGAAGAAGAUGCUGCUACUACUAAUAUUUCUAAAUCUGAAACACAACCGCCAUCACUGCCAUCAACAACAACAACUUCAUCUUCUACUAUUAAAAUUCUAACAAAUGAUUCCUUAAAUUCAACCACCGAAACCAUUAAUAAUAAUAACACCACAUAUACCAAUGGAAUCAAUGGUACUAUUACUUACACAAAUGGUACUCUCACUAACGGCGCUACUACCAAUUGUGAUCAUUUGAUUUCACAAUUAAGUCUAAAUGAUGCCAAAGAAAUACUUUGUGAACACUUAAAAAACCAAGAAAAACAAUUGUUUUCCAGUUUUAAAACAGUUGAAUCGUGGAAAGAUUAUUUUGAGAAAUAUAAAGGAACAACUGAAAAAGAGGUUAAAGUACGAGACGAGGAGAUUAAAAGAAGUCAUCAAGAAAUUGAAUAUCUGAAGAAAAUUAUUGCUAGAUUGGAAAUAGAAAAUAACAAUCUGAAAAAUUACAAUGUAAUUGAUAUUUUAUUAAGAAAACUUUUGAUUCAAGGUCCUAGCCGUACUUUGUUUGAUUUCUAUCGAAAAAUUACUGGUAUUUUAUUGAAAGCGGCAAAGAAAGCUCCGGGAGCUGGAAACAAAAUACAAGCCGAACUUGAUAAAACUAUUAAAGAAUUAGAAGAAAAAAUUGCUCCUAAGAAACCGGGCGAACCCAGAUAUUUGUCAUUACCAGAUAUUGGAUUUGAUUCAAAGAAAUUAAAGCAAGAAUUAAAAAGGUAUCAGGAAAUGUCAUCACAUGUAAAAUGGAAGGAUGGGCGUGUGUCAGGAGCAAUAUAUCAUGGUGGACAAGAAUUGUCAAAAUUGACAUCUGAAGCAUAUUCAAUGUUUUCUGUUAGCAACCAAUUACACCCCGAUGUAUUUCCCGGAGUACGUAAAAUGGAUGCUGAAGUAGUCGCUAUGGUAUUAAACAUGUAUAAUGCACCACCAGAAGCAGCUGGUACAACCACAUCUGGAGGUACUGAAAGCAUAUUAAUGGCAUGUAAAGCUUAUAGAGAUUGGGCAAGAGAAGUAAAAGGAAUUACAAGCCCUGAAAUUGUUGUUCCGGAUACAAUUCAUGCAGCUUUUGAUAAAGCAGCUUCAUAUUUCAAUAUUAAACUUGUACACAUACCAAUUGAUCAUAUAACAUGUAGAGUAGAUACUAAAGCACUUGGUAGAGCAAUCAAUAAAAAUACAAUAAUGAUUGCAGGAUCAGCACCAAAUUUUCCUCAUGGAAUUAUGGAUGACAUUCCUUCAUUAGCGUCAAUAGCAAAAAAAUAUGAUAUUGGAAUGCAUGUAGAUUGUUGUUUAGGAAGUUUUCUGGUGCCAUUUUUAGAAGAGGCAGGAUUUCCAGCUCAACCUUUUGAUUUUAGAAUCGAUGGAGUAACUUCGAUUUCAUGUGAUACUCAUAAGUAUGGAUUUGCACCAAAAGGUUCUUCAGUAAUUAUGUAUCGAUCAAAGAAACUUCGUAAAUUUCAAUAUUUCUUUGCACCCGACUGGACGGGUGGGAUUUAUUGUUCGCCUUCAAUUGCAGCAUUGAUUGCGGGAUGUUGGGCUACAUUGAUGAGUAUAGGUAAAUACGGUUAUAUCGAUGCAACUAAAAAAAUUGUAGGAUGUGCUAAAAAAAUUGAAGCUGGUAUACGUAAAUCAAAAGAUCUUUUCGUUUAUGGAAAACCACUUGUAUCAGUUGUAGCAUUUGGAUCUAAGACAUUGAACGUUUACGAGAUUAAUGAUCAAAUGUCAAAGAAAGGCUGGAAUCUUAACGCAUUGCAAAAUCCACCAGCAGUACAUAUCGCUUGUACGCUAUUAACUGUACCUCACGCAGAACAAUUUUUAAAUGACCUUGAAGAUUCAAUCAACGAAAUUAAAUCUACCACGAAUAAUAAUAAAAAAUUAUCGGGAACUGCUGCCAUUUAUGGGAUGGCUGCUAGUUUGCCCGAUGGUUCAAUUGUUAAUGAGGUUGCUUGUGGUUUUUUGGAUGCUUUGUAUUCUGCUUAA